AGGUAACGUUAUGGUGGCUGUUUGUUUUGCACCAACAACAGUCAGUUCCGCACUGGGUAAUCGCUGGGAUUUGUUUUCGUUUCAUCCGACUUUCACUGUGAACACCUCGGGCCGCUUUGGGACUCUGCUGGCGGGCAGUCUGCGAGGCGCUGCGAAGGAGGUGCAGAAGGCCCUCUCCCGUGCUCGGGGCCUGUAUGACAGAUGGGAGGAACUGUUGCAGGAUGGGACACAGGUGAGUCGUGAUGAGCUGGACUGGAGUACCAAUGAACUGAGGAACUGUCUGAGGGCCAUAGACUGGGAUCUGGAAGACCUCAGUGAGACCAUCAAUAUCGUCGAGUCAAAUCCGGGGAAGUUCAAACUUGGUGACAAUGAACUUCAGGAGAGGAGAGACUUUGUGGAACGAACCAGAAAAUCUGUCCAGGAGAUGAAGGAUCAGUUGUCCAGCCCCUCUGCUGUGGCUCAGGCAGAGAAGAAGAACAGACAGGCUCUGCUGACUUCAUCAGGCCAGGACAGAUCAACGGGACUGGAGGCUCAUAUGGUGUCUGCAAACUCCAGAUACAUCGAGGAGCAACAGGAACAGCAGCAGCUGAUCGUGCAGGAGCAGGAUGAGCAGUUGGAGUUGGUGUCGGGCAGCAUCAGAGUCCUCAAAGACAUGUCGGGACGCAUCGGGGACGAGCUUGACGAGCAGUCUGUUAUGUUGGGGGAUUUUGGAGAUGAGAUGGAUCAGACAUCAUCCCGCAUGGACUCAGUGCUGAAGAAGCUGGAGAAGGUGUCUCACAUGACCAGCAGUCGGAGACAGUGGUGUGCUAUCGGCGUGCUGGUCGCCAUCAUGAUCGUGGUCCUCAUCCUCUUCUUCGCUCUCUGAUGCCGGCGACCUCUGACCUCCUGACUAUGUUCAGCGACUCCUCCCUGUUAGGACAGACGGAUAGAUGGACAGACACAGGAGGAGGGGGGUGUCUCUCUCCUCCUUCCCCUCCCCUCCCAUCCCUCCCUUUCUUCACACUGAGGAGAAAGCGGUGACCUGCAGAGAGGAGUCGGGAUAUAAUCCUCCUCCUCUCAGCUUUUAAUGAUUCUAGUGAAAAACAAAAACCUGCUGAUGUCUGUCAGUAGAAGAGCUUAACACAGGAAAAACCCCAGCGGUAUUAUGUAUUUCAUACUGGUGCAUUUUGGUUAUUGUUGGAAAUAAUGGUACUGAAUGGGAGGAACAGGAAGCUGCUGCUGUCAGGAGAAAAACACAAAUCUUUAAAAAGAUCAGCAAAUCCAGAUGUGUUCAAGAUAUCUUCACGUCUAUCACAAUCACACGGACAUCGGAGUUUAAAAUCCACACCCAGCUACUGUUAAGUAGCUAAAUAAGUUUCUGCCAUUGAGUAGUGACGUUCAGAAACAGCAGCAUUUAAACACUUGUUUCUUUUCAGAACUACAAAACUGUCCCGUUUUCAUCAUGAAUCGCAACUCACAGUCCGUGAUGAAACACAACCUAAUCUAUUUUAGAACUGAGUAGUUAUGAAUAGUUUGAGCUUGUAAAGUGCUUUGUAGGACAAGUGAAAGGACGGACAAAAUGCAACUGAGAACAGCUAUUGUGUCACUAAUUUCAGUUGGCUGGUGAGAGCUGAUUGUCGGCAGAGCUGCCAGCCAAAUAGUCGUUUUUGGACACUGACAACUGAAUUCAUUAACGCUUAAAUGAAGAAAAGGGCAGUUAUUUGUGUUUUAAGCCGACAGCAGCAGUGGGGGAGGGAGUCUAUUGGGGGGGUGGACAGGGUUUUUCAGUGUUGCCUUAAAUAUAUUUUUAUAUUGUUGUGAAAUGUGCAGUGUGUUUCUGUGCCUACAUGUGAAUCCGGGCGAGAAAUGAACACCCGAGUGUGACAGUCAUCCGUUGAAUCUGGAGAACGGGCGCUCGUAGUUUGCCAAAAGUCUGCAACAUGACAGCAGCUGAGUUCACUGAUGACCAGUUUCAGCCAGGACGGCAGAGUUGGUGACCUCUGAAAUCAGCUGCUGUGGUGUUUGUGGUCAAACCAAACAUGUGGACUCGUAGCAGGCCUGGCACCAAGCCGCCCGUCCCCUGCUACUAGAUGCUGGUUUCGCUCUACUGCCCACUUUGUCAGAAAUGUGCACAUUCCUGCCGCCGUGGCCAGCGGACAGAAACGGUUCAUUUCCUGCCCCCACGAUCGCGAUCCGUCUCGGUGAGGUGAAGUCAGGUCUGCAGCCAGCCGCCUUCGCGCCCCUGCAGGCGGUUGGGCACACGAUUGGCUGAGGCGUUGUUACUCACACUGGGUGAUGAGCGACAACCUUGGCUCAGAGCGAAUGAGUAUGCCUGUUUUAUUGAAAAGCCUUAGCUAAUGAGAGGACGAACCGUUGCUGGGCAGGAUGUCUCCACACGCAGCCCACAUUCAGGCUGACAGCGCCCUCUGCUGGAGGCUGUGGGGCAUGUUAUUUCUUUAUGUCAGGUAACACUGCCCAUGCCAGGGCGUGUUACAGCGCUGCAUAAAUCUAUACUAUGAUGCUUUACAUUUGUGUGUAAAUGGCCAUGAUUCCUGUACAAAGGCUUUAUCCAGAUUCAAUCUUGUUUUUAAUCCUGUGUGAUUUCACUUAUGGUUUUUGAAUUUAGUAGUUAUGAUAUUCCCCUUGUUUUGCACCAGAGGAGUCAGAGGUCAGAUUCCCAGGAUUUAAUGCAGGUGGGGGUUCAGGGAGGUUCCACUGCAUCGAGUCCCCUCCCUGCCAGAGCAGUUAAUCCUGUUCUCUCACCAGUUCACAUAUUCAAGCCCUCGUUCGUUAAAUGCUUCAGUGGGGAAAAUUAAGUGAAUACUUGGAAAAUGGCUGCAGGCAUUAAUGAAGCCCUCGUGUGGCUUCCACUCCAGUCCUGAGUCACAAAGUAGAGGUUUGUGAAGUUAAAGGCAUCUUGAAACACUGAAGGAUUUCUACCGUAUAGUAAACCUUAGUUUUCUGUGAAGUUGAGGCUGUUCAGUCCUUACUGUUUGGAUUUGACUGCACCUGAUUUUACAGCAGGAUACUGCAUGGGAGAGUUCUGUAGUCAGUGCAGUCUUUUUUGGCUUCUUUCCAGGUCAACAGACAAGAGAAAAGACUCAUUUGAGGCUUUGUAGUCUUUGUUUUUCAAAAUGGAACAUCAAGGCAGUGAUAACUGUGACAGAACUUAACUCAGCAACAGUUAGUUUCUCUGAACUCUUAGGUACAUUUUUUCAGAACAUCUUCUGACUCAUCUUUACCUGCCAUCAUCAUCAUCACUGUUUGUGUGUCAGUUAUUGCUUUUUGGUUAAAGGUGGAUUUGGGAAACUGACCUCUGACUGGUUAAAAACUGCUGAUGUAAUGAAUCUUCUCCUUUAGUUAACUUAAGUGCCAAUGAUCAGAAUUUGAUUUACGUUGUUUAACCAACCAGCAGCUACACACAGGAGCUUUAGGCUGGGAAUUUUAUUUUGAAUCUAACCAAACUUUUUUCCCUUGGAUGACCCGUGUUAUUGUAAUCUUUUUGCUGGUGAAACAGUAAAGAGGUAUGGGGGGGGGGAUGAAUGUGCACAAUUGUAUACAGUACUGGCUACCACCGUGCCCUUUAAUGCCAAACAGCAUAUGUGUCUGCAGUGUUUUUAACUAAAAAAAAAAAAAGGGUAAUGGAGGCGGCUAAACAUUACUUGUCAUUGAACUGCUCUGCUAUAUUAGAUACUUCACUAUCACACACACUACAUGAAGAAUGAAAGUCACGUGGCAGCUGUUGCUGCUUUGACAAAAACAAAACAUUACAUCUGCAUAAAGUGGAUUGAAUGAUUGUUUUCUUACUGGUUCAUGCAGAUUUCUGAAAUUGUUCAAUGAGGUUUUAAGUUUCAUUAAACCUGUUCGACAUGAAGCAACUGAA